AUGAAGUUCCUCGUUUUAGCGUUAGCCGUGGUGCAUAUUUAUGCCAUAGGCGAAGUGAUCGGCGACCUUAUGGGACAAGAAUUUCAAUACGCAAACAUUGACCACGUUCGCGAGAGAAGGCAGGCUCCCAAUUACAAGCCGCUAAAUCAAGCACCGCCUCAGCUGCAGGAGCUUUUGCAAGCGCAAAACUACCGUCCUCCCCAGGUGCCAAUUCCACCGCAGCCAGUCUUGAAUCUAGGAUCGUCUCAGCAUAACCCACCUCAGCAACUGUCGCAAGGACAGGUCUCGCAGUAUCAACCGCGAGUGACAAUCUCGUCGUCUGUCCAACAACCGGACUACAGGUCGAUCACUGCAAACAGUGGCCAAUAUAAGAAACCGAUCCUUCCUCAGCAGCCACAGUAUCGUCCUGUUCCUCAGGCAGCUCAGCCAAAUUAUAGCAACAACCAGCAGCUGCCACAGUACUCGUCGAAACUGCCGCCUCAUCUUCAGCAAUUGCUGCAGUACCAAAGCAGCCUGGCUAACGCGAUUCCUCGCAGUUGA